UCUCUCUCUCUCUCUCUCUCUCUCUCUCUUUCUCGCCUCCUUUUUAGCGGAGCGAAGGCGACAAGAAAAACAAAACCAGAAAAAUUCCCACUGAAAUUUAGGGUUGACGCUUUCCGGCGAUCGAUGGCCCGCUCCGACAUCCCGAUUCCGCCUCGGAUUUAGCUGCUGGGUCUGCUCUUUGCUCGUAAUUGUUUGGCUCUUUAGCUGUUAGAUCGGGAGGAAAGGUUCUUGAUCCGUCGGAAUCGAUGGAGCCCCCGGCGGCUGCCUUUCGGUAGCGGAUCCGGUGGUAAGGCAGUUUCUGGGUUGGGGGAAUGGAGCGGCCGACCUUGAAUAGGGUGAUGAGCUUUGCGAUAUCUGAUUUGGCGUUGGAGUUCGUGCUGGGGCACGUGGACGACCCGCGUGACCGGGAGGCCGUGUCGCUGGUGUGCAAGAAGUGGUACCAGAUCGACGCCCUCUCGCGGAAGCAUGUCACCAUCGCUAUCUGCUACUCCACCAGUCCCGAGCGGCUGCGGCGGAGGUUCCCCAACCUCGAGUCCCUCAAGCUCAAGGGGAAGCCCCGGGCCGCCAUGUUCAAUCUCAUUCCUGAAGACUGGGGUGGGUAUGCCGGGCCUUGGGUCAGGGAGAUCGCCAAGGCAUUCAAUUGCCUCAAGUCGCUGCACCUCCGGCGGAUGAUCGUCAAGGACGACGAUAUCGGCGUGCUGGUCAAGGCCAGGGGUCAUAUGCUCGAGUCGCUCAAGCUCGACAAGUGCUCUGGCUUCUCCACAGAUGCCCUCUUCCUGGUUGCGCGUUCGUGCAGAUGCCUUAGAACAUUGUUUUUGGAAGAAAGCUCAAUUACUGAGAAUGAUGGCAAAUGGGUUCAUGAAAUUGCUAUUAAUAAUUCUGUGCUUGAGACUUUGAAUUUCUAUAUGACAGAACUCAGAGUUACACCACAGGACCUCGAGUUACUUGCUAAGAAUUGCAGGUCCUUGGUUUCCUUGAAGAUCAGUGAAUGUGACAUUUCUGAUUUGGUUAAUUUUUUCCGCAUUGCAACGUCAUUGGAAGAGUUUGGCGGGGGUUCAUUCAAUGAUCAAGUUGGAGAGGUUGAUAGUUAUAAGAAGAUCCAGUUUCCUCCCAAGCUAUGUUGCAUAGGCCUCAUCUAUAUGGGGAAGAAUGAAAUGGACAUAUUAUUUCCAUUUGCUGCUGCACUUAAGAAGCUGGACUUGCAGUAUACAUUUCUCAGCACUGAGGAUCAUUGUCAGCUGAUCCAACGUUGUCCAAAUCUGGAAGUUCUUGAGGUGAGGAAUGUGAUUGGUGAUAGAGGAUUAGAGGUUGUCGCUCAGACAUGUAAGAAACUCCGAAGGCUCAGAAUAGAACGAGGGGAUGAUGAACAGGGUCUAGAGGAUGAACAGGGUCGGGUUUCCCAGGUUGGUCUGUCGACUCUAGCACAGGGAUGCCUUGAAUUGGAAUACCUGGCAGUAUAUGUCUCCGAUAUCACAAAUGCAGCUCUUGAGUGUAUUGGCAAUUUCAGCAAAAACCUAUGCGAUUUUCGUCUUGUUUUACUCGACAGAGAAGAGAGGAUAACAGACUUGCCCCUUGACAAUGGGGUCCGUGCUCUGCUGAGAGGAUGCACCCAGCUCAGGAGACUUGCUGUUUAUCUGAGACCUGGAGGUCUCUCAGACGUAGGUCUCGGUUACAUUGGCGAAUAUAGCAACAACGUACGGUGGAUACUGAUGGGUAAUGUUGGGGAAUCCGACCGUGGAAUGCAGCUGUUUUCACGGGGAUGCCCACGCCUGCAAAAGCUAGAGCUGAGGAGCUGCUGUUUUAGCGAGCGUGCUUUAGCCAUGGCAGCUUUGCAGCUACCUUCCUUGAGAUAUCUAUGGGUUCAGGGAUACGUUGCAUCCCCUACGGGCCGCGACCUUUUGGCCAUGGCGCGUGACUUCUGGAACAUAGAAUUUAUACCUCCGAGACAGGAUGCCGAUGGAAUCGAAGACAGGCGAGGCAAUAUCGAGAGUCAGGCUCAAAUUCUGGCUUACUACUCUCUUGCUGGAAAACGAACAGAUUGCCCAGAGACCGUGAUACCUCUGUAUCCAGCCUGAGUGCUACAUACCGUGCCUUUGCUGUUUCCUUCUGCCCUACUCUAUCGCCGAUUAGGAUCGACGGUGGCGCCAGUGAUGAACACGUCUAUAUGUGUUGUCUGUAUCAAUUUGAUAAUUUGUGCAGCCAGUACUAUAAUAAGCUGUCUUCUUCUCUGAAAGCCGAUGAGCUUUCUGAUCGGCUGACGGGUUUAUCACGUGGUAAGUGCUGAUUCUGUCACGGCACCUCUGCCAAAUCUAUUAUUUUAUUGCUUGUUAAGUGCUGAUCUUUCUUUCGAGCAUCGGGACAUCCUCUCUGGGGAGAUGUCACCACGAAGAAGACCGCGUUGCCCUUGGGUUCUUGCUAACUCUGUGAUCUCAGCUGCCUUCUAUGAUCUGUUUAUCUGAAUCAUGAUACUAGUUGAGAGGAAGCUGUGUCUCAAAGUGUUGCCAUUCAAGUCAAUAUGUAGCAUCAGUGUAGCAAGCGGUCAUGUACGCAGAUUGACAAUAUCAUUUCAAGUAGGGGAUGAACAGCGAUUGGUUUUUCUGUUUUC